UUUUGCAUUAAUAUAUGUUUUUUAUAUCCAAAUAUUAAAUUUAGUUUUAUUUGCUUUUUAUUUUUGCAUUUUGGACAUGAAUUCAACACAGAAAAAAUGUACGCUCCUGCAGUAAGUUGACACCACAAUUGUAAAAACAGUUAUUGUGUAAAAUUUUGGAAAACUUUGAAUUAUUUUUUUUUUACAUUUCUUAACAUUCUCUCCAAAAAGUGUGUGAUGUCAAUACAUAUUGCGGCAGAAGCCCUACCUCCCCAACCCACGCCAGCACUCCCACCCCAACCGCCAGCCCCACAACCACAGCCGGCUCCUCAUCAACCAAGGCAACGGAGGCGUGCUAGGCCACCAAUUUUCAGAACCCGUGUCAGACUUUUUGGGAUGCCAGAUGAUGUGGUGGUGCGUAGAUACCGGCUGCCACCACAUCUAAUCCUAGACACUCUCUCCAUAAUAGAGAGUGAUCUGGAGUCUGAAAUUCGGUAUCCUACAGCAAUACCACCAUUGACACAAUUCCUUGCAGUGUUACAUUUUUUGGCCACAGGAUCAUUCCAGCAUGUGGUUGGAGACCUGGUUGGCAUGUCGCAGGGCCAGUUCAGUAAGGUCCUGCGACGUGUCUGCCAGGCUUUCCUCAAGCGUGUUAAGCAAUUUAUUGCUAUGCCUUUGGAUGUUGGUGCCCUAGAUGUGGUGAAGCGGCAAUUUGCGGAAGGUGGUAGUCGCUUCCCACAUGUUAUUGGGGUUGUGGAUGGCACACAUGUAGCUAUUCAGCCACCAAAACAUAAUGAAGAAAUUUUUAGAAACAGGAAACUGUUUCAUUCUCUGAAUGUAAUGGUUGUUUGUGGGCCAUCCCUCCAGAUCCUUUCCCUGAACGCAAAGUUUACUGGAAGUUCCCAUGAUGCGUAUGUCAUUAGACAAUCAGGGAUAUGGCAGAGAUUAAGAUCAAGUCAACGACCAGACAUGUGGUUAUUGGGAGACCGUGGAUAUCCUUGCACCCCCUGGCUCAUGACUCCUUACCGUAAUCCCAGGCCAGGACCACAGAUGGCAUUUAACUCCGCGCUUACUGCCACUAGGCAGCUGGUGGAGCGCACAAUUGGUGUCCUGAAAGGGCGGUUUCGUGUUCUCCACCGCACUGGUGGCGACAUCAUGUAUUCGCCGGAGAUGGCAAGUAAAAUAGUGGUCCUGUGCGCAAUACUCCAUAAUAUCGCGGUAAGGAGUAGUGUAGAGCUUCCUCAGGCAGAGGAAUUGCCUGAUGAGGAGCCAGGGGUUGUGCCACGCUUCGGUGGGGGGAGUGUGACACGGAGGGGGAGCCAAGUGAGGGCAAGAAUUGUAGCAGAAUAUUUCAGGUAUAGUGUUUAUAUAUUUUAUAUUUGGCCAAAUAAUACAACACAGUAUGCUUCUGUUUUAUAAACCAUGAUUUCAAUUUGUAUGAUCUUGUAAAGUGAUUGGGUACGGAUUUUGUGGUGUUGGAAUGUGUAAUUGUUUUUGGUUCAAAAUACAAAAACACGUUAAGCUUACAAUGUUUAUUUUGAAAUUUAAAUACUGUAAUGUUGCUAAAUAGUGUCCUUAUUUGUUUUAUAUCAUCAAAUCCUGAUUAUGUAACCAAACACACAAACAAAUGAUACUCAAUGUUUCACACUUUGUGACUGUCCAGCUGAAUUAUCACACGAACUGUGGACAACAACAACGGCAAAACUCCCCACCCCCUUCCCCUUCUCACUCCCCCUCCCCUUCUCACUCCCCCUCCCCUUCUCACUCCCCCUCCCCUUCUCACUCCCCCUCCCCUUCUCACUCCCCCUCAGCUUCCCAGUCCCCCUCAGCUUCCCAGUCCCCCUCAUCUUCCCAGGCCCCAUCAGCUUCCCUGGCCCACUCCACUUUACAUUCCCCUUCUCACCACACCUCUCCAUCUCUUUCUGGGACCCCUUCUCCUCCUUCCCAUACCCCUUCUCCUUCAAAAUCAACAUCACAAUCUGAACCACCCUCACCCUCUAUUGCUUUAACUUUUUCUCCGCCCCCCUCGCCCUCUCAAUCAGACCCCCCCUCUGAAAUUGCGGACCAAAUCCAGCCUCCUUCCCCCAUCCAGCCUCCUUCCACAAUCCCUCCUCCUUCCCCAAUCCCUCCUCCUUCCCCAAUCCCUCCUCCUUCCCCCAUCCAGCCGCCUUCCCCCAUCCAGCCAACAUCCCCACCAAGUGAAUGGGCAGAGGAAGCCCCUGCCGAACGUUCCGGGAGUCUGGAUGUUGCCGUGGAAAAUGUUGCAGUUGGAGAUCCCACAAGUUUUUCAGGGAUACUUUACACCAUGAGCCAACACCUGCAAGGAAUGAUGGAUUGUGUGGACCAUUUGCAAAAAUUUGCUUGACUUGUAUUCUUUUAUUUGUAAAAAAAAAAAAAUAUUAACAAAUACAAAAAUAAAAAAGUUGAUUAAA